AUAUUGGACCCAUUCAGGUCAAUGUUAAACUGAAUAGAGUUCUAUUCCAGAUAUUCUGCUUUUUAAAAACUAAAAUGCUGAAUUUUCCACCUUACAAAACUCAUACUUUUGUUAUCCAGGGCAAUGAAAAAAUUGGCUACGAUAACACCUAAUGUAAAUUAAUUGUUUUCUUUUUAAAAAUGUCAUGUAUGUUUGGUUGAUUUCCUCGGUUAUUAUCUGCACUUUGAAUUGAAAUUGGCUCAUUCCCUCCAGGGCAUAUCUCAUAAACUGUUCAAGAUUUAUGGAAGGUUUGUACAAACAUCAAACUCUUAGAGUAGUUUGCUAAUUAGGAAUUACAUGUAAUAUUUUUUAUGUUUCCACGGAAACAAAUUUGGAUGGACUGCAGUGAUCCUUUUUACUUAUCACAAUAAUACUGAAAUCCUGUGCUUCGAUAACACAUUUGAUAAAGCCGCUGAUCGUGAUUUGCAUUUUUUAAACAAUAUUUAAUUUUUCAUGGCUUACUCCACGUUAAUAUGUACUGAUUAUUUAACAUUUAAUUAGGAAAUAAACGAAUAUCAAAAGUUGACAAUCUCCUAGCACAGAUUCAAUUGGAAUAUAAAGGGGUCCAUAAAAAAAUUUUAACCAACAUUAGCUGGCUUGUUUAUAUAUCGUCUAUAGUGGAUGCUGAUACUUUCAAGGGAUUUAGAAUCCUUGAAAUGACGAUUUUGCGACUUCAAAGACCACAGAUUAUUUCAAGCUAUUUCUUUCAUUUUGAAUAAUAAGAGAUUUACAAGAUAUAAUUAUGAUGUGUACCAGAAUGACAUUCUCCUGUGAAGAUUUAUUAUAUUUUAUGUCCAAAGAUUGCAGGAUUAAUUGUAUUGAUAAUUAAACUUGAAACUAGGCAAUGUAAAUAAAAAGUAUAUGAUCACAACUUUGUCCUUAUUAAACAUUUUUAUACCUUCUAACCAGAAUCAAUUAAAGCACAAUAAUGGCUAAUGUAACUUCAAAGCAAAGUAAUCUGUAUCGCGACUGUGGUCUGAAACCUCAAGUAGAGUUAUGUCCCUUCCACGCCUCGCUAGCAAAGAAGGCGUUAAUGGUACACGAUAAAAUUGUUUAUUUAUUUGAUUUGAAUACAUGAAAUGAAUUCAUUUUAACUGUAAUUUAGUGUAAACAGUAACUAAUUUCAAAAUGGGAAAUCAUGGUACGAAAAGAAAACGUGAAGAAGAAGAUUCCAUUGAAUGUGAUGAUACAAAUUCAGUAGAUCUGCAUACGCCAAAAAGAAAAAGAAUAAAAUCAACAUCAAAAUAUAUUUAUCAAACUUUAUUUCUUAAUGGUGAAAAUAGUGAUGUUACUAUAUUAGCAUUGAAUAAGGAAUGGAAACUACACAGACAUUAUCUAUGCCAGUGUGGUUAUUUUAAUAGUAUGUUUAAUGGUAACUGGUUAGAAUCAACUCAACCUACUGUUGAAGUAGAUAUCCUAGAUGAAAACAUAGACGAAGCAUCUUUAAAGAUAGCAUUUGGUUCAUUAUAUAAAGAUGAUGUCAUAUUUAAACCAGUUCAACUUGUUAAAGUUUUGGCAGCAGCUACAUUUCUUCAAUUGGAAGGUCUGAUACAACAUUGUGUUGAUAUGAUGACAGAAACAAUGAGUGGAGAGAUUGUUGUGGAAUAUUAUAAUGCCUGUCAGAGAUAUGGUUUAGUUAAGAAUAAACAGUUAGCAUUGAACUGGUUACUACACAAUAUUAUGUCACCACCAAACUUCUUUGUUCUAAAAGAAAUCAGUUGUGAACUGAUGAUAGAACUGAUUACAUCCCCAGAUUUAUGGGUUUUACAAGUGGAAAUGGAUGUCUAUAGUUUACUCAGAAAGUGGAUAUUUCUGCGGAAGAAGCCAUCUUGGACUGGUAGAUGUAAAGAACUUUUAGUAGAUGUGGAUAAUUUUUAUAAAAACUCUUUUAAAGAAAAGAAAUUGUGUUAUUUAGAGUUACCUGAAGCAAAAGAUUGUCUUCCUGUAUUUCAAAGAAUCAGAUGGCAGCAUGUUAUCAAUGAUACAUCAUCUCUUAAAGCUCUGAAAUGUGAGAAAGUAGUACCAGAAGAUUGGUUGAAUCCUUUAUACAAACAUCAAUGGUUUUAUAGACUUCAAACAGAACAAAAUAUUGAUAAAGGGCCAAAUGACAAUUUAGAAGAAGAUAUAUUUUUAAAGGAAUCAACAAGAUAUGGUAGAAUGUUGUUACGACCUGGAGAGUUUUGUUGGAGAUUUAUAGGUUUUAACUAUGGUUUUGAUUUGUUAUUAUCUUAUGUAAAUGGUAUGGUAUUAGUAAAAAGAAACUGUGGUAAUAAUUGUUCAGGAUCUAUAGGUCUACAAGAUACUAGACAAAUAAUGUUAAGACUGACAGCAGCAUCUUUAGAUAAUAAAGGCAGUAUUUUAACAGAGAAAACAACAGGAAUACAGUAUUUAAAGUUAACUAGAGAUGAGGAAUGUGUUAUGUUAAGAGUUCAACCGGAGACUGUGUUUCCACUGUAUGUUACAUUAAAUGUAUUGGUAUAUACUCCUCUACCUGAUUAUCCUUGUCCACAGUUAGAUAUAAAAACACCUUCAACAAUAGAUUAUACUGAUGUAGCUGUACAAACUAUCGGACAAACUGAAACUAUAGUCAUUACAGAAACAAACGAUACAGAAACAGAUAUUAGUGGUGAAAGUGAAACCGAGUAGUUCUUUGUCAUUAAACGAUUUGGAUUCAUAGACAAAAAACCUUUAGAUCUACAUGCAAAGGAUAUUAGUGGUGAAAGUAAAACUGAGUACAGUAACUUAGUUCUUUGUAAUGAAAUGGUUUUAUGUAAAUCUUAAUGGGUUCCUAGAACGACAACUUUUGAUCUACAUGAAAUGUACAUUAAUGGUGAAAGUGAAACCGAGUAGUUCUUUGUAAUAUAACGGUUUUAUGUAGGCCUAAUGUUAUUGGGUUCCUAGAAAAAAAAACUAGAUCUACAUACAUUGAAUAUUUGUUGGGUUUUUUUUUAUAAAUCUGCAAGUGAAAUCGAGUAGUUCAUUGUUAUUGAAAUGUUUUGUUAUAAAUCUGCAAUCUUCGUGCAAUUGCCAAAUGGGCAAUGGAGGGACAGAGUUUUUCCUGUGGCUUUUUAUUUAUACAGUUUACUUUGUGAAAAUGUUAUAAUUUUCCUGAUGUGGAAAGGAGUCGUUACUGUUUUAUGAAAUAGGAGCAAGUGAUAAAUCAGCCAUUAAGUAAUUUCAUGAACUCAAAUUUUCACAGUUGGUCAUUAGGAAAUGAGAUGAAGACUUUAAACAAUGGACUGCACUGAUUGCAGUCAAGUAAAAUUUGACCAACUAUCUGCACAGACUUACUAUAAGAUCAAAACUAGUCAGUAGUCCAGUAACAAAGCUUAUCUUGUUAGAAUUGACUAAUUUAUGUUUUUAGCAAUUAAUAUGGUUAAAAUCUGCUUAUUGAUGUAAAAAAUUUCUGACUUGCAUUAACACAUUGCUUUUUUAAGAUUACUAAACUUUAUAAUGCUAAACUUCAAAGAAAGAAGCAUUAUGUAAGAGCUAAAUCUGCCUAUUGCAGGUCAAUUGUUUUUCUUCAAAUGUUAUAUAAACUAUUCACAUGUCAAGCCUAUAAUCAACCCUCUAGACCAUAGGAUGACUGAGAUUUUAAUGGAUUAGAACACCCGCAAGAUUCCAAAAUUAAAUUAUAAAAUGGAUAAUCUAUGUUACAUCUUGUCAAACUUCAAACAUUCAUAACUUCACUCAGAAUAUUGACUGAAAUUUCAAUAUAUACAUUUUUCAAAAUCUAUUUUUUAACUAUUCUAGCAAGAACGACCAGCGCUUUAUCGAAUCAUACAUAAUGCAUAUUUAAGAAAUACUCACAACUUAAUUAUUGUGUAUGCCUAAUCUUAUAAUAUCAGUAUUUAUACCAUCUUCCAUAUUUUAUAGGAUUUAUGUAGAGUUUUGUAAUAUUACUGUAAAUUUUAUUAUUUAUGGGUUUUUAUAACUUUUAUAUGUUAUAUUUGAUUGUAUGAGAUAAGUGAAUAUGCUCUUUGUAAAGUUUUAACGUGGUUGUAAAUUUUCAUCAUUUAGUCUGUAGAGACUCAACCUCUUGUUACAUUUUUUUAUUUUUUUCAAAUUCCACAUUCACCGAGAUUGUUCAUUUGGCUCCAGAUACUUCUAAACUUAUAAAAUCUUGUUAAUGCAAUACAGAACAGAGUUCUUGAUAAAACUUUAGAACACUCUGGGAUUAUUCAUUACAGGAAGAACCUCUGAUAAAUUUCUCGACUGUUAUUUUAUUUACUGUGCUAAUAGCUGGAAAUCGAAAUAAGCUCUGCAUGCAAAAUUUCCCUUGUAGCACGGGGGGUUGGAUGGCUGAAUGGUUAGCGUGCGCGCGCUGUAUCAUAAAGUCUGUCAUUGAGUCGACUGGCAUGGUUUCGAAUCCCCGGUUGUACGUGGCAAGGAGUAGGUUCGCCUGUCCAACCUUGUGGGUUUUCUCCGGGUCCUCCGGUUUCCUCCCACUGCUAAAGACCCCUACGCGCAAGCGAAUUAUGUAAAUAAAAUUAAACCAUAUGUUAGUCCCGAAAUGACCUAGUUUGUGUCGAGUGGACGUUAAACCCCAUUUCUCUCUCUCUCUCCCUUGUAGCACACUAUAUGUGUGUCUUCAUUAAGUAGAGCGUUGAACACUAUUUUUAUGUUUAGUAUACAUGAGACACUAAGGGGCAUUAUUCAAAUUAUUUAUACAUGGCAUGUUUGUUAUUUGUUGAUGUUGUAUAUAAUAGAUUUUGUGGUUAGCAGGAUGAGUUAUGUAUAUGGUACUAACAUGAUGCCUGUCUAAUAAUAUAUGAUUUUACAACUGGGAUAUGUUUGUUAUGAUCGAUUGAUAACUCUUUGUUAGUUUGUUUAUAUCAGAAGUAAAUUAUUUUGUACUCACUAAAUAUUUUUUUAUUGAAAAGUAACUAAUAAUAGAGUCCGGUCAAAGAUCUUUGGCAAUUUAUUUGGAAUCUAGCUAACCUCUUGCUUUCUAGAAGUAGAAGGUAUACCUGUUUGGUUUGUUGGUGAAAUAUUAAACAAUUUCAUGUUGGCCAGUGAAUGCAGCAGCAACAGUCUGAUUGGUAGAGUAGUACUUGCAUUAUGUGGGACAUUUUUUUCCAUGCAUCAUUCCACGAAUUCUGGAAGCUAUAUUAGACCACUUUCUAGUUGCUGUACUCACAAGCCGGAAUGGCAGGAAAAUGCAUUUGUGCCGGUCUAAUUGUCAAAAAUAUUUGGGUAAGGCCCUCCAAAAUCUGGAAUUAAGGUGAGCACUGAAUGGGAUUUUUCAUUGUUAGAUGCGCAGGUCGAAGCGCCUGGCAGGGUAUACUGAGCCUAGUCCCUCCGAAAACCGUUGAUGCAUCGUCAUUUGCAUAGCACUUUCAGGUAGAAACGUAGAAUGCUAGACUUUCAUUUCAUUUCUAUGAAUAAUCAUGUUGCCAACUGUUAGCCCUCUAUAAACUACGAUUGUGUUAAUAUACUUUAUCAUGUUUAUAUUUUACUCACCAGGGUCAAAAUGUUGUGUUAUUUACAAAUUGAAAUUUGACCCAGGUACGCCAUAUAUUUAAAGGUACAUUG